AUGAAACCAAUGAUGAAUAGCAAAAGCCGCAGCGUGCAGCGGGAUCGCCUCGCCCAUGGGCCCUGCAGCUCCCCGUUGUGUCCCGUGCCUGCAGGGCACAUGGAGGGGCCCCGUCCCGCAGAGCCCCCCCGGGGCCCCCACGCCGUGCUGGAGGGCAAAGUGAAGGCGCUGAAGGAGAAGCGUGGAGCCGAGCGGCCCUCGCCCAAGAAGCCCCGUGCCCGCAGGGGGAAGGCUGGAGCCGAGGAACCGCGGGCGCAGCUCCGCACGUACCUGACUGACGGGCUGCUGGACGGCACUGCGCCAUGGGGGGAGAGAGGGGGGCUGGGAGGCUCUCCCCCUCUGGUCUCUGAUGGCAAGGAGGUGACGGCGGGCCCGGAGCCGCUGUCCUUGGCUGAGAGGGUGGAGAGGAACCGGCGACUGCUGCACGAGGUGCUGGGGAUGCACGAGGUGCCAGCAAGUGACGGCGACUGGGACUCAGGGGUCUCACUGCAGGAUGCAGAGGGCUGCAGGGCCUUUGUUCCCGGGCAGGAGCUCGAGCUGAGCCCACGCCAUGAGCAGGCCAAGCAGCUGCUGCAACGCGCCCGCAUGAAGGCUCGUACCAACCCGCUGCGUGCCAGCCACGACCUCCUGCUGCUGCCCACCACCGCGCACCCCAGGGAGCCCAGCGGGACACCGAGGCCCAGCGUCACCACACGGGAGGUGGAGGGCACGGCGGGCGGCAGUCUGAGCGACUCAUCCAGCGGGGAGUCGGGCUGCAGGGAGCCCCGGCGGCCACGGGGACCCUCCCCAUCCCGCGUGCGCUUCGAGGACGAGUCGGCCCGCGACGCCGAGGUUCGCUACCUGGAGCGGCUGCGGCACCGCCGGGUGCUGGGCUCAGCGCUGGAGCGCAGCGGCGGAGAGCCCCGUGGGCAUCCCGGGGAUGGCCCUGUGAAAUCCCGGGGUGGUGACGUCCCUGCUGGGGGCAAGUGCCAGGCCUGUGGCUCCGUGCUCGGUGCUGCCGUGCCAGCUGAAGGCAGCCCCGUGGCACGGGGAAGGGAGCGCACGGGUCCUGGUGCUGCUGCCCAGCCUGAACCCAAGGCCCGGCCGCUGGGUCCUGGGGGGUCCCCGCUUUGGAUCCUGCCCUCCCGGCAGCGCAUCCACACUGAGAAGAUCAAGGAGACUUACAUCGGGAAUGUCGCCCGUGGGGAUGAGGCAGACUCGGCACUGGAGAGCACCGACACCUCCGAUGGCUGCCGGACUGACAGUGAGGAGCCGCGGCCCCGCAGCCCCCACCCACGGGGGCAUCGGGAGCCCCGGGCUCGUGGCCACCGCAGCCCCCGCACCUCAACACAGAAGGAGAAGGGCACGAGUGUGGCUGGGAGCUCAGGGACACUUCGCCCCCCACCAGCGGGUACAGCUGGCAGCCAGGAUGGGGGGCACACCGGCAAGGCGGCGGGCGAUGGAGGGCUACCGGUCCCUUCCUCGAGGCCAGCGGGGCCUUCCCACACCCCCUCCACCACCACCACUACGAAGGCCUGCUCCCAGGUGCCUUGCAGGACAAGUGUUCCUGUUAGCAGCCACCAGUGUCCAGAGCCUGAUGCUGGGAGCACUUUGCCCCAACCCAAGGGCGCGGGGCAGCGGCGGGGGCCCUGUGGCCCUGUCUGGCUCCCGGGGAGCCCCCUGCGUGCCUUGUCCACUAAUAACUGCAACAACACCCAUGGACAGGGCUGUGGGAGCCGCCCCGAUGGGCUGGGGGCACAACCUGGGGAGACCACCAGGACGCCCAAGGCACAGCACGAUGGGAACGCAACACCUGGGGAGCCAGCACGGGCAACAAGCCGGAAGGGCAGCGGGGAUGCGGCUUCCUCGGGGCUGAAACGGCUCCUGUGCAGCCUGAGCCAGAGCACCAAGCAGCGCCUCGGCCGCUUUCGCUGCUACAGCAUGGAGCAGCUGCCCGGCCCUGCACCCAACGGCCCCAACGUGAAGCGGUCGCCCUCGCUGCAGGCCCUGGUGUCACCGUUCCGCCAGCCCCAAAAAGCCGCCUCCAUACAGAGCCUGCACAGCCUGCUGGGCAGGACGCCCCGAGCCAAUGCAUACCUGCUGUCCCAGCCAGGGGACAGGGACAGGAAGGCAGCCUCGGGGCCGCGGCACUCGCUGAGCGUGGAGGACAUCGGUGCACCCGACCGGCUGCGCACGGUGGGGCGCGUGGUGGAGGUGUUCCCCGAUGGCACCAGCCUGCUGGAGAUAGAACGGCCACCACACGGCUCCUUCGGCUUCCAGGUCACCUCCGGGCACGGCCGGCCUGACACAGGUGUCUACGUGCAGGAGAUGGCGGACGCCGGCACGGCCAAGCUGUAUGCGGGGCUGCUGGGGGUGGGUGAUGAGAUCCUGCAGGUCAACGGGGCUGCUGUGUCGGGCCUGGGGCUGGCACGCAUCCGGGAGCUGCUGCUGCAGGCAGACAGCCUGGCCCUGCGUGUGCUACGGCAGCGCCCGGCUCGGCGGUAGCAGCACGACUCCAGGAGGAGUGGAGCAGUCUGCAGGAGUCCUGCACGGAGCUAAAAUGCAAUAAGGACCUCACCAAGACAAAGGGCCUGAAUCUGCCCUGCUUAUGUGCAAUGCGUGGGUCCCUGCAGGGAUGGGGACAGCAGGGCACCCUGAGAGGCAACAUGGGACCAAGGACCUGCCCCUGGCACGGGGACAUCUCAGCUCUCCGGCCCUGGACUCUCUCUGCCUCAGUUGGAAACCUCUGCCUGUGAGCUGGUGGGUUUCUUUUAAAUUAUUUCAAACUGCAAAAAGAAAAAACAAACCACAGAACUGUAAAUAUAUAUAUAUAUGUGUA